GAGUCUGAACAACGCUGAGAGUAUAUAAACCCAGUGGGCUCGGCUGCACAAGUACAGGGCUCAGGACAAAGCACAUCCAGAGGUCCGAAAAGGGGGCUUGGUCUCUCUCCACCUGCUCUGUUCCAGUCAGAAGGCAGCAAAAAUGAAAAGCAUUUACUUUGUGGCUGGAUUAUUUGUAAUGCUGGUACAAGGCAGCUGGCAACGUUCCCUUCAAGACACAGAGGAGAAAUCCAGAUCAUUCCCAGCUCCUCAGACAGACCUGCUCAGUGAUCCAGAUCAGAUGAGUGAAGACAAGCGCCAUUCCCAGGGCACAUUCACCAGUGACUACAGCAAGUAUCUGGACUCCAGGCGUGCCCAGGAUUUUGUGCAGUGGUUGAUGAGCACCAAAAGAAACAAGAAUAACAUUGCCAAACGUCAUGAUGAAUUUGAGAGACAUGCUGAAGGGACCUUUACCAGUGAUGUAAGUUCUUAUUUGGAAGGCCAAGCUGCCAAGGAAUUCAUUGCUUGGCUGGUGAAAGGCCGGGGAAGGCGAGAUUUCCCAGAAGAAGUCGCCAUUGUUGAAGAAUUACGCCGCAGACACGCCGACGGCUCGUUCUCUGAUGAGAUGAACACGGUUCUUGAUGAUCUUGCCACCCGGGACUUUAUAAACUGGCUGCUUCAGACCAAAAUCACUGAGAGGAAGUAAGUACAAUACUCUUCAAGAUCAUCUUCAUAUCACCAGCCAGCCACGUGGGAUAUUUGAAAUUUCAAGUUCUGUAAAUUUAAGAUGUGUAUUCUGAAACCAUAAUGCUUUGCAUGCCAAUAAAUAAAUUUUCUUUUAAUGUUGUAUAGCUAAAGAUUGUACAUGGAAUAACCAUUGUCAAAAUAUUGCUAAAAUACCAACUUUAAAAUAUGAAAAUGCAGAAAUCUCUCAUUUUCUUAUUUUGGAUGAAGUUUCCUAACCUGCUUACAUUAGCAAUGAAAUUAUUUUUCUGUGGUAUAAUUUGUACAUAUAAAUUAUUUUAAUCAUAAUAUAUCUGCAUUUUAAUGGUAGGAUAAGGGAAGACUAGUAGUCACAGUGGUAAAACUGGGAAGAGACAUUCCUCUUGAAAUAUUUGUCUUAAAAGUGCUCUGCCUUCACUAUAUCAAAGGUAGAUAAAUAAAAUGUUCAAGCUUCUUCA